ACUUUGAAGCUUAACUUAUUUCGCUUCACGCUGCAAAGCGAAACUUGCUGAUCGAGAUUCGCUCAUAAAACAGCUCAGUUUGCUCGGAAAGCUUCGUCUUUUCUGCAGAUUGUCACUGAGUUCAGAGCCCUCAGAGUCCACGAUGUCUGGCCACGGUCACGGCCACGGCCACAGCUGCGGGGCGGAGGGGGAGCAUGAGCCCGCAGAGAGGGGCCUGGAGUUCGGACUGUAUCAGCGCAUCGACCUGGAGAAGCUGCAGUGUCUGAACGAGAGCAGAGACGGAGAUGGAAGGCUGGUGUUCAAGCCGUGGGACCAGCGGAACCUGCGAGACAAGUACGUGGAGAGUGAUGUGGAUGAAGAGCUGCUGUUCAACAUACCUUUCACCGGCAGCGUGAAGCUCAAAGGCAUCAUCAUCUCCGGAGAAAACGACGACUCUCAUCCAGCAGAGAUAAGGCUGUACAAAAACAUCCCUCAGAUGUCGUUUGAUGACACCGGCAGGGAACCAGAUCAAGCCUUCAGACUCAACAGAGACCCACUGGCUGAGCUGGAGUAUCCGACCAAGAUAGCCCGUUUUUCCAGCGUCCAUCACCUCUCCAUCCACAUCUCUAAGAACUUCGGGGACGAGAACACUCGGGUGUACUACAUCGGCCUCAGAGGGGAAUAUUCAGAGGCCCACAGACAUGAAGUGACCAUCUGUAACUACGAGGCAGCGGCGAACCCGGCGGAUCACAAAGUGGACAGCAUCAUUCCACAAACCAACUUCAUCUCCUGAGGGCUGGAGGAAGAGGAGGAUUAGAGAUUUUAGAGGCGUUCACUGAAUGUCUAAAAGUCAGAGAGUUCGGCGCUGAAUGAGGCAGCGAGGACGAGUUUGAGUGGGAGCGUGUGCUGAAAUCUGGGAAAAAAGUGGCAUAUUUCAGUUGUUUCCGUGGCAACGUGGCGCAAAGGCUCAAUAAAACUGGCAAAGAUG